AUGGCGCAUUGCGUUGGAUACUUUGCAAGUGGAACUGGCGCCGCCGGUCUUGUGGGUGCUGCGCUGUGGUGGCUUCUACGUCAGAUCGGCGUACAAAUAGGAAUCUUCAUCUGUUCUCUUCUACCAUUUGCUCUACCUCUUGUUUGGUUCUUUAUCAUUCCUCAACCAGAAUCCAUGUCAACUUCCCAGCGAGUUGCUGCUGGAUAUGCGUCAGUUCCAAUCGAAGAGGAGACGGACGACGAGUCGGCUGCAGUGCUGGACCCUGCCCAAAUCGCUCCGGUAGCAUUAACUGCAGAUGACAAGUGGGCGCUACUAUCACCUGUACUUGCUAAAUACAUGCUACCCCUAUUCAGCGUCUACUUGGCGAGUGAUACCUUUGAGUACAUUAUCAAUCAGGGUGUCUCGCCGACGCUGCUUUACCCCGUGCCAAAUCCAUAUGCACCCAAAGUUUGGCAGUUUCUCAUAAAGGAUCUCAAAGAUUAUUAUCCGCUCUGGCAGACCUUCGUCUUUCUCUCCCGGUCGUCGCUCACGUUUGGACUACCCCCGAUUCCCGUCAAAUUCCUGGCACUACCCGCAAUCAUCCAAGGCAUGAUCCUCAUUAUACUGACAACCGAGUCAGCGGCGGCAAUUUUUGGCCAACAUGGAGCCACUCUAGACUUGCUACUCAUCUCCUUGGAAGGACUGUGCGGUGGCCUAGCAUAUGUCAAUGUCUAUUAUCAUCUUGGCCACGAAGAGGUUGAUCCAGUCGUGGUCAGGGACUCGUCGGUCGCGAAUGAACAUGGACAAACGUCGAGCGCAGUGCAGGCGUCCACAGUACUUCAGCUGCACCACCUGUACGAGACCCAGUGA